GAACACCGGUUGUUAAUUAAAAUGGCAGCCAAAAAAUGGAAAAACGUCGGAUUUAUGUAAUUUAAUUAAUUUUUAAUUAAAAUGGAAGUUGUCAACAAAGUGUCAUUCGUCAACAAGAUCAAUAUGUUGAUGAAAGCAACAUCAGACGAUGAUAAACCAAUCCCUGGAUAUCUCUACGACGAAGUCAACAAAAUCAGUUAUGAAUCAACUGCUUAUUGCACAAGUCUGUUGGAAUUCCUGGUGAGUCAACUGGAAAAGAAAUCUUGCCAUGUAAAAUUGAAGGUGUUGAAACUAAUGACAAACCUCGUUGAAAAGGGUCACCCCCAUUUCAGACAAGGUCUACGGCGACAAGCAAAUGGCAUCAGGGAAGCCACCAAGUUCAGUGGACCUCCAGAUCCUCUUCAUGGUACCGUGCCCUACCUAGUUGUGAGACAAAUGGCUCAGAAUCUGUCUGAAGUCCUCUUUGAUGCUGACUACAAUGUGGACACUGAAUCCGAGACCAAAACAGUCAGGCCGACCUCAAUCUCCACAGGAAUGGGAAACAUCCAAGGUAAAAGCAGAAUGGAAGGAUUUGGAAGUUCACCUCAACACUUGCCAAAAAGCACCAGCCAGAUAUUAAGGAACAGUAUUGGAAAUUUCCUUGAUAAAUUCACCGAUUCUUCACAGAUCAACCAGGUCUUCAUCCCAGAACUGGACAAACAGCCAAGUAAUUUUGCACCGGUUCAACUGAGUCAAACUUUAUCGGAUGAUGCCAUAUCUGGGAGCCAGUCGAUGUCAUCUCUACCAGCUAAACUGCCCGUCCCCCAUCACGUCCCAGGUCGUGCGGGUGGUGGUUGGGACGACGAUGAUGACGAUGUCCAUUAUGGUGAUGAAGACAACAGUGUAGCAGUCAAGUCGACAACAUCAUCUUCUCACACAUCAAGCAAAGAAACGAAAGUGUCCAAUGAAAUCUUAAGUUCCAGGCGAGACUCGGAAGAGUACAGUAUGCCUGACUGGAAUGCUGAAGACCAACUUGUCUGUGAGAUGAUAGAAAACACACGUCCGUUGCCAACGAGAUCCGAUCUGGAAGCUUUUGUCAGCAAGUGUAGUUCUUUAAAUUGCGAGAAAGUAAUUGAUUUAAUAAAUCAACACUUGCAAACUGAUGCACAAUUGCAUUCGCAACUGCUCUGUCUGUUUAUGCUGGAGUGGUUAUCUCGUGCUGAUUACAUCAACAUCAACCUCUUGGCAUCUGUGUGCAAGGACAGCUUAUUAAAUCUCUACAACAACACCUGCGGUGUCAACAGUGGUGAGAUGCAGCUGGUGCACUCAAAGUGUCGCAAGAUAAUUAGAAUUCUCGAGAAGUUAACCGUUUACAAAACCAUUCUCCCUUCCUCUGUUGCUCAACCGAUUCCAGACGACAACUCUCGUGAUAAACCUGUCAGCAGUGAACAUCUGAUGUCAGAGUCCUUAUCGAAAAAUGGGAACUUUUACGGCAGCGAGGCUGACGGGGAAGAAAACUGCACGGAUGACAAAAUGAAAGCAUCAUCGAUUUUCCACUUCAUCCAUGACGAAGAAAUGAAAAACGGAGUAAACAAAGAAUUAGAGAAAACUGCAGACUAUUCUAACGAGCAGAGUCCCAAACAGCCGGUCGAGAUCGGCCUCAAGGCCGCAGUGAUGGACAAUGAACUCAGUGAUGUAUCAUCACAGCCCUCGGUGGGGUCAGAAUUCUCGUUGCUCAAUGAAGAUUCCUUAGAGGUCAAUGAAAGCUGAAUCAAGGUUUUCAGGCCACUGCUGUGUCAGGGAGCAAAGGGCGGUGUGCCUGGUUAAAGAUUUCUAAACCAAUAAGACCCAUCUUUUUGUUCCCUUCAUUGCUUGGACUUAUUCUAAAACAGAGAAAUAAUAAUUUAUUGAUAUGAUCCAGUAUAUUACUGGUAUGUAUGAAAAAAAGAAAGCCAAAACACUAACUAAAGUCAACCCUCUUUUGACAGGGAUUUGAGAGCGAGUGAUGUGAAGGAUUAAAUCAGGGUGCAAUAAAAUAUAUUACCUGACACAACUACCAACACUACAACACAUACUACAAUUUGCACAACCCACAGGUAAAACAGUCACUACACAUCAAGAUAACCCAACUACGCAAGCACCAUACAACACUAAAAGACAACUCACAACAC